AUGAAAGAGGGUCUGGACACCAUCAUGAAUGCCUCCAAGGUCACAGAGUUCACCUUCCUGGGUCUUCCCCACUCCUGGCCUGUUCAGCUCUUCCUCUUUGUCUUUGUGUUAGCCUGCUACACUGUUGCCUUGUUGGGCAACCUCCUCAUUGUUAUGAUUGUGCAUGCAGACUCUCGCCUCCUCCAGUCCCCCAUGUACUUUUUGCUCACCAACCUAUCCAUUAUCGAUGCUGGCUUAAGUAACGUGGCCGUUCCCCUGAUGCUGGCAGACUUGUUGAGCUGUGGCAGAACCAUCUCCUUUGGGGGCUGUAUGGCCCAACUCUUCUUCCUUCAUUUUUUUGGAGGAUCCGAGAUGUUGGUCCUUACUCUCAUGGCCUAUGACCGCUAUGUGGCCAUCUGCCAGCCAUUGUCAUACUCCACCACAAUGAACCGCUUGCAUUGCAUUAAGCUUCUCGCUUCCUGCUGGAUCGGUGGACUCGUCCACUCCGCCACCCAACUGGUCCUGAUCCUCCGACUCCCGUUUUGUGGGCCAAAUGAGUUGGACAACUUCUUCUGUGACGUCCAACAGGUGGCCAAGUUGGCUUGCACGAAUACCUAUAUCACUGAAAUCCUCGUGGUGGCCAGCAGUGGUCUACUCUCACUCUUUAGCUUUGUCAUCUUGCUCAUCUCCUAUGGUGUCAUCCUGGUUACACUUCGAGGUCACUUCAACGAGAGUGGAAGGAAAGCUUUGUCUACCUGCAGUUCCCACUUGACAGUGGUCAGCCUCAUUUUUGUGCCUUGCCUCUUUGUAUAUCUUGUACCCUUCUCCAGCUCCAGUGUGGACAAGAUUGCUUCUGCCUUCUACACAGUAGUCACCCCUGCCCUUAAUCCUAUUGUAUAUACUCUAAGGAAUAAGGAAAUGAAAGACACGAUGGGACGGUUAAAAAAUAAGUUCCUGUCCUCUAAUGCUUGGGUAGGGCAAGAGAAAGCAUGA